UAAAGUAAGGCUCGCCAGAGGGGCUCUGCGAGCGAGGGUUGAAGAAUGAGUCGCAAUGCGUGAGAUGGUUAGACGUAGUUUCUUCGACAUAGAAUGGCGGUCGUGUGAAGGUACCUGUUUCGGUUAGACGGUGACGUGUGCCAAGAUGUGAAGAGAAAAACGGAUGUGGACUGAGGCUGCUUAGGUGUAGGCAGGGAGUCAACGAGAGGAGAGAAAAUAAUCGACGACGACGUCUCUUCGUUGUUUUGGCCAAUCAGCUGAUCGUGGGAAGACGCAACGACGAAGAAUGAGGCUCAUUAAAAGUGACUGAAGGUGCACGUAUUCAUUUGUGGUUCAUGUUCACCGUAAUAAUUAGCAGAGGUUUUGCAUCAGGAAGACGGGUGAUCGUGUGACGGACGAUGUGGGAGAAUUAGUAGCCCGACCCCCAGCCAGGUUUGUCACAAAACCACAGGCUAACCUAAACAAGGGCUGCCUUUGUGUAGACGCUUAGUCUCGGGCCUCUCCCGGAACCCCGGUGGAAAUUAAUGUACCUUAGCAGGAACGUUGCAUAUACUGAAAAUGUCUCAGAAUUUCCAAACGAAUUAUCAGCCCCUUGGUGGGAAUGACACCAGGGGGGGUGGUGACCCAGACUCCCACAGUGUGAACAUGGACAGAGAGAGGGAGGAUGACCUCUCCCCCGACACGCACUCUAGCAUGGUGUUCCACGUGGUUCCCAAGUCGUGUAAGUCACGCUGGAAUCACAUAGAGGACUUGGACACGUUUUUCCAAAGGGUGUACCACUACCACCAAAAUUAUGGCUUGUUGUGCAUGGUGUUGCAGUACAUCUCGGAACUGGGACAGUUCGCAUUUGUGAUUGUGUUCUCAACCGUGUUGUUCACUUGCAUUGAUUAUGACAUUCUCUUCAGGGACAAAGCUCCGCAGAACACGCCACUACCCUUGAACUUCACUUCGAAGAUCCAUAUCAGUGAUGUUUUUCGAAGUCACGAUGAUAUUCUGAAACAUUUUACACCUUUGCUGGUGUUCAUAAUUAUAAUAGCGUCCAUUAUUUGGAUGGUGCGCAUUGUAUAUGUGAUAUUUACAUUAUGCCAUUUUUGGGAGGUCAAGUUGUUCUUCAAUAAUGCUCUAGGGAUACAUGACAGUGAUCUUGGCAACAUUACUUGGGAAGAAGUACAACAACGCCUCAUGGAAGUACAGGUUGAGCAGCGAAUGUGCAUCCAUAAGGAAGUGUUAACAGAGCUCGACAUUUACCAUAGAAUUCUUCGGUUCAACAAUUAUUUCAUUGCCAUGGUGAACAAGAACAUUAUGCCUCUCAAGUAUGAGGUUCCCUUUCUUGGAGAAAUUGUGGUGCUGACCAAAGGCCUGCGGUUCAACAUUGAUAUGUUGCUCUUUUGGGGCCCGUUCUCUCCCUUCAAGAACAACUGGCACCUGAAUGAUGAGUAUAAACGAGCUGAGAAUCGCCAGAAGUUAGCAGAAGAACUUUCAAAAAAGAUUUUUAUUGUCGGCAUUAUUAAUCUUAUCUUUUGCCCUCUUGUUUUUCUUUUCCAGGUUUUGUAUACUUUUUUCUAUUAUGCAGAAUCAAUUAAAAGGGAACCUGGCAGUUUGGGUAGCCGUCGCUGGUCAGACUAUGGUCGUGUAUAUCUUAGACACUUUAAUGAACUGGAACAUGAAUUAUCAGCACGUUUAUGCAGGGGAUACAAGGCUGCAACACAAUACAUGAACAUUUUCUCUUCACCAGUCAUGGCCAUUGUAGCUAGGCAUUUUUCAUUUGUAUUUGGAGCAGUAGUAGCAGUGGUAGCUGGGUUAACUCUUUGGGAUGAAGAUGUUAUAUUAGUGGAGCACAUGAUCACUGUAGGAUCCUUGUUUGCCCUUGGUGUGGGAAUAUGCGCUGUAUUUAUCCCUGAUGAAAAUUUGGUGUUCUGUCCUGAGUUACUGAUGAGAAGAGUUUUGAGUGAGGUUCAUUAUAUCCCAGAUCACUGGCGAGAGAAAGCUCACACCAGCAAGGUUCGCCUAGAAUUUUCCCAGCUGUUUCAGUACAGGCUAACAUACGUGUUAGAAGAUUUGGUGUCGCCUAUUCUCACUCCACUCAUUUUCAUUUUCAAACUAAGGUACAGAGCACUUGAGAUUGUGGACUUUUUCCGAAACUUUACUGUAGAAGUAGUUGGUGUUGGCGAUGUUUGCUCCUUUGCCCAGAUGGAUGUCAGACAGCAUGGUAGUCCAACUUGGCAGCCUGAAAUCCUUUUAGAAGACAUUGAUCAGGGUGAAUUCAAUAAGCAAGAUACAAAAACUGAUGGCGGUAAGACAGAAUUAUCACUACUUCAUUUUACUAUGACCAAUCCAAAAUGGAAACCACCACAGGAAUCGUCAGCAUUUAUAACAGCCCUGAAGACUCAGGCACAGAGAGACGUAAAUACCCUUCCCACACUUCAGGAAGAAAAUGUUGUAUAUUCGUCCUUGAAUUCUAUUUCUUGUGGUGCAGGUGGCUUGGGAGUUGGAGGUGUUAGUAUGUUCUCUCCAUGGAUGAGGGGUCCAGGAUAUCAGCCCAAUAUCCUAUUUCAGCAGUCAUGUUGGUCUCCAAGAAGCUUCAGAGGUAAUAUAUCUCAUGUAGAAGGGUCAAUACAUGGUCCCACGGGAGGAAUUUUAUCCUCCAUUCAGCAUCCAAUGGGGCAGUCAAGCAUCGAUCCAAUUGAAACUAGUAACAUUACAUCAGGUCCUGUUAUUGAUCCAGUCCUAGCUCCAAGUUCCACGGUGCCAUCAGCUAUUUGGAAUGCAAAUCUCACAACGAUGCCCCCAGAUCUCACUGCCAUAGAUAUGAGUUUGAGCACAAUGUACCUGCACGAGAUCCAUCACCGUCACCGUCAUCGGGCCACUUACACAGAUAACCCUGUUCAACCACCCAGGCCUUCAACUUUACCUCCUAGUGGAGCAUUCCAAAAUGUCUCAUUUGUGGGACAGCCUUCAGAUAUGCAACCUGGUGGUGGUGACAACACCCCUACCGUAUCAUUUCAGCGAGCGCAAGAGAAAACCCCUUUACUUGCAGAACCUUAAUAUGCCUUUACACAUCCCAUUUCAAAGCAGUGUAGCAAAGUGAUCAGUGAUGUUGUAUUUAACCAGUGAUCACCAGUACAUUGAAUUUCAUAUACUGCUAAUCUUUAAAAUAUAUAUGAAGAUAUAUAAAAUACAUAAUUUGCCAAAAUUGUUUGGGCACAAUUUUGUAAAUAUGUUUUCUACAUUCUGGUAGAAUCAUGUAGAGAGCAUAUCUAAGGUCACUAGUCCUUUGAAUUUGUUUGAUGGUAGGUUUUAGUUUUUUAUGAUAAGCCAAUAAGUCCUAAGUUAUUAUUUCAACUAUUUGAAUUGUGACAGCUGUUUUUAUGAUGUGUUAUGAGAGCUUUAUUAUGUAAAAAGUGUAUCAUAAGUAUUUUGUAUUUUCUUAAAAGUUAAUGCAUUGGGUCUGAUUUUAUGCAUCCAUUUCAAUUACUGUAGAUAUUAAUGAAUGAGCGAAUGAAUAAGGUUUUCAUUAUAGCUUUGUAAAAUGACUACUUUAUUUGUAAGUAAGUUUAUUAAAUGAUGCUGUGAU